UUAUCCGAAGCACAGCAAAUAAAAUUUUCCUCAACUAUUAAAUUCCUCUGUAUUCAUUUCCACAACUAAUAAAAUUUAUUCCUGAAAACUUUAAAUCUCUCUUUCAUGAUAUAAAAUGUCUGAAAACGUAACCUUAAAUUCCAGCAAAAUUCGCUUGCCUUAUGGUGGUGGGUGGCUAAUGGUUAUCUGUCUUCUCCUGUUAAUGAACUUGUUAGCUGAAAAUUAAUUACUCAUAAAGACAUUCCACCUACAAAUAAACAAAACAAAUCAUUCAUCAAAAUAAAAAUCCCCCAAAAAAGUUUCCAGCAAAAAAGCCAAAGAACAGAUUACCCAACUCAAUGAUUUAUCCAACAAGAUUCCAAAAUCUUUGUUUUAUUCCCAACAUCUGACAUUCUUUUUCUUUCCUCAUUUUUCAUGCAUUCCCCUGAAUUUUCAUUAUAUUACAACAAUUCUAUACAAAUCCUUUGGUUUUGGUUUAAUGGGUGGUUAAUUAAAGAGUCUAAUUAUCUGUAAUAAUAUUUCAUAUUCCAAAAUCAUAUUAUUAAGAAGCCUGGAAAAUGGUGGUUCUUUUUUUGUGUUACAAAUGUUGCGGAUUUUUAAUGAUAUAGGAGUAGUAAACAAGUUUUCAUGGUUCCAUUUUACCCUCAAGGGAGGCUAGAAAUGACCACCCAACAAACAAAUUCAGAUACAAGAACUAAUAUUCGAGGUUAUUCUCUUUACGAACUAUUUCAGGCAGAAAGAAUGCAGACAGCAAAAGAACACGCAGACAGACAAUUCCCUGGAGAACAGCACUCAGGAAAACCACCUUCAGAAAAACAAUGUAAAAGCAGCAGAUCAAGAAUAGAAAAUCAUGGACCUCAAAAGAAGUUGGCAGAGCUUUUAUCCCACUCUGGCAACAAACAUUGUGCGGACUGUGGCACUCCAGAACCAAAAUGGGUGUCUUUUGGUGUUGGGGUUUUUAUCUGUAUCAAAUGUUCUGGUAUUCACAGAAGCCUAGGAGUACAUAUAACCAAGGUUUUAUCAGUGAAGCUGGAUGAGUGGACAGAUGACCAAGUAGAUUCUCUUGCUGAAAUGGGAGGUAAUAUAGUAGCGAACAAAAAAUAUGAAGCCUGCAUUCCUGGAAAUAUAAAGAAACCAAGACCAGAUUCCACUAUAGAUGAGCGCUCUGAUUUUAUUAGGAGGAAGUAUGAGCUACAACAGUUUUUGAACUCAGAUGAGUGCCUGAUGUGUCCGUAUCCACGUCCGACAACUUCAACCUCCUAUCGAAGUGCAUCAAGCAGUGAUAUAGUGCUAGCACUUGAUAGGAAGCACAUGGACAAACAAGUAAGCAGCCUCCGCAUAUCUGGAAUUGGGCAUGUGUUUCGUAGUGGCCUCAACAGCUGGAAAAGAAAAGAUGAGUAUAGGAACUAUAAAAAGGGUGAUUUGACGCCAGGUAUGAUUGAAUUUAUCGGACUGAUAAAAGUAAAUGUAGUCAGAGGCACCAACCUUGCUAUCCGAGAUAUGAUAUCUAGUGACCCAUAUGUCAUCCUCUCUCUAGGACAUCAAUCAGUAAAGACUCGUGUUAUAAAAAAGAACUUGAAUCCAGUAUGGAACGAAAAGCUGAUGCUAUCAAUUCCUGACUGUGUGCCUCCUUUAAAACUGCUUGUGUAUGACAAAGACACCUUUACCCCGGAUGAUUUCAUGGGUCAAGCUGAAAUAGACAUUCAGCCUCUGGUCCGUGCCGCCAGGGAUGUGGAGCAAUCAUCACAGAAUGAGACAGCCCAACUGGGGAAGUGGGAAGCGAGCAAAGAAAACACCCUUCUAAACGACAGCAUAAUCUCCCUUAUAGAUGGGGCAGUAAAACAGCAAAUGUCAAUCAAAUUGCAGAAUGUAGAAAGAGGAAUCUUAGAGCUGGAGCUUGAAUGUGUCCCCCUUUCACAAUAGUAGCUAGUAUCAGUAGGUGGUAUUUAUAUUUUGAUUUGCUGGAGGAUACGCCAGGUUUAGAGAAAACAAAACAAAAAAAUAUAUAUAUGGUACGAGGAAAAGGGUCAGACUCAGACCCAUUACACAAAGUAGUUUAGUUAGCUGUGAUCUUACCAGAAAAGAAAUGUAAAUUCCUCUUUUUGUUUGGUCUCUUUUAUUAAGAAAGUAUACAACAUUGUUGGUUAGAACUUACAAACCUUGAUGUUAUAGUAACCACGAAGUGUACAUUCCUUUUAAAAAAUUGUGACACUGUUAUCUUCUA